AUGGUUGACUUUGCUAACGCACACAACGAAUUAGUGGACAAAUUUAAGGCAAUGGAAGAGGUGAUAGAGUCUGAAAAGCUAAAAAUAGCAGACCUGAAGGAUCGGUUUAGGAGGAAUAACUUGCGUAUCCAGGGAAUACCCAAAACUGUGGCAGACACGAGCCUUCAUAUUUACCUCCUGGACUUCUUCCAGGUGCUGCUUCCUGAAAUCCACCUGGAUCAAAUAUUUAUUGAUAGAGCCCACAGGCUCAGGAGACCCAAGCAUCUCCCACCAUCAGCAGCAAGAGAUGUCAUCACAAGGAUCCACUACUUUCAUGUAAAGGAGAGGAUACUCAAAGCAAGUCUCUGA